UCACUUUUCUUUUUUUAAUCAUUAGCCUUAUGCAGCUCUCAAAGCUAGAGAAUAUCUUGAUAAGCCUGCAAUACAUGAGACAAUGGUGAAGGUUAGCGCUUAUCUGCUUGGAGAAUACAGCCAUCUUUUGGCCAGACGACCUGGGUGUAGCCCAAAGGACAUUUUUGUCAUUAUACAUGAGAAGCUUCCUACUGUAUCGACUCCAACAAUAUCCAUUCUUCUCUCAACAUACGCAAAGAUUUUGAUGCACUCUCAACCACCAGAUCCCGAAUUACAAAACCAGAUCUGGGCAAUAUUCAGCAAAUAUGAAACAUGCAUUGAUACUGAGAUACAACAAAGAGCUGUACAGCUAUUCAUUUUCAAUAGCACACUUGCAAAAAUUUUAAACUUUUAAAACCCAUCUUAGAAG